GAAAGGGAAAACCCUGUCAACCGGACCUGUCUCUCAGAGAGAUGCAGCAGAUGAAUCUGGACUCUGAGAGUGCAACACACAGCAGGAUGGAGGGUCACUCGAGGUCCUCUCACAAGUAUCUGCUGCUCCAGGUGUGGUGUGGUCUCCUCACGGUGGCUGUGGUGGUCAUGGCCACGUUUCUCACUUCGAUCAAACCAAAGUCCCCCGAGGACGCAGUCUCGACAAUGAAGCCAGACGACGUCAUUCCGACAAUCAACACACCUUUAGAGGCCCGUUUGAAGUCAGUCGGAUCUUCUCCCUCAUUCAUCCAGCUGAUGAAGUCUCUGAACAAUACUUGGGUGGAAUCCCCUGAAUGUCCCUCCUGCUCGCUCGUCCUGAGCAACGACUCCAUCCUCUGCCGGAAAAACAGCCUCUACCUCAUCUACGCCCAGGUCACCUUCUACGAGCACCAAAGUAAAAGUCAGGCCAAAUCUGUGAUUUUGAAAAGAGACGCCACGAUCGGUAAGGUCAUGAGGAAACUGGUUGAGGGAACCUUCCCCAGUACGACAGAGGGUUCUGUGUGGGUGGCCAAGAUUGUCAAUCUCAUGAAGGGAGACAGUGUCAGCUUAGAUGUCACAGAUGAUUUUCGAAGAGAUAGCACAUUCUGGGGAGCUUAUCAACUCAUUUAGCACUGCAGGUCUCUUGAGUUUGCUACUAUACAAGAGGAAAUAUUCUUCCUUGGACUGGUAUGUUGAUCGUAGGCCUAUAGCAGCAUUUAUCAACAAGAGUGGAUCAUCACCUGGAUUUUUUAAUAUUAUUUCGUUAUUUAACUUUGAUCAUUUUAUACCAGAAAAUACUCAAAAUCACAGAAUUCCGUCAUGUUCAACAAUAUGUGAAUCUUAUUUUUACAGGGUAGUUAAGCCUUUUAAUAAUCUGAAACACUAAAAUGCUAAAAAGCUCCAUCAGGCAGGUUGCAGGAGGUUUGCACUCUAUCUAAGGCUAGAUCCGUAUACUACGUUUUACUCCAGAGUUUCAGAGCCACUAAAACAGACAGGUACCCAAUGAGUAAUCCCAUGUUAUGUGAUCUAGGGCCCGGUCACAGAUACGCGAAUGCAUCAGUGGCAAACCUUCGCCUCCCAUGCUAUUCCCUUUCAUAUUCGCGUAUGUGUGACUGUGCCUUUAACCAAAACACUCAAGAGGACAGAGAUAGUUUUGGUGUUAAAAUGCCGUUUUCAAACGAACAGAUAGUAUCAUGGAUGUGGCCUGAGAUCUUUUUACACAAGGUCACAUCGUCACAUCCUCUGGGCUUUGGAUGAAAACCUCUUGAAAACAAAAUUAACUGCAUCAGUGCAACGUUAGUAGAGCCUCUACUUUUACCUGCUGGUUCCCAGUGGAGAGAUUUGUGUGUUCUUGUAGUUUUCUAAGAUAUCUGCAUUUUAAUGAAUGGAAUACUGUGAUUGUAAAGGUUUGUUGUGUGAGUGCUAUGUGCUUGUUUAACUUAUGAAAUGUGAUAUUAUAAUGUGAUGGUUUAUUUCUGAGGACUGGCCUGUAAUAAAUGUAUUUAAAAUC